AUGAGCAACGAUGCAAAUAAAUGGCCCCCAGUCCCCGGCGGCCCCGCUAUUCCUGGCUACGGUGGCAACCAUGGUAACGGCGGGGCAGGGGGUGCUAAGAAUCUCCAAUGGAGGUUCAGUUGCCACCUACGACGACUCGACCUGGCAACGUAUAACGCACGCACCUUGAGGACUGACGAGAAGAUACUGGAGCUGAAAGAAGAGGUAGACAAGUUGCGCUGGGAUAUUAUUGGAUUAUCUGAGGUCCGAAGAGAGGGGAAGGACACGGUAAUCCUAGAAUCCGGCAAUUUGUUCUAUCAUUUGGACCAUCUGUCCCAAGGAGGUGUUGGAUUUAUCGUCCACAAGUCUCUCGUCAACAACGUUGUAAAGUUUGGGAGUGUGUCGACGAGGGUCGCGUACCUGAUACUCAGAAUCACCAAACGGUAUUCGCUGAAGGUCAUACAGGUCUACGCACCAACCUUGGCACAUCCGGAUGAGGAGGUGGAGGAAAUGUAUGAGGAUAUUUCUAGAGCCAUGCAUUCCUCCAAAACCCACUACACGGUGUCGAUGGGAGACUUCAACGCAAAACUAGGCACAAGAGAAGGAGGUGAGCUGAAGUUAGGGAAAUUUGGAGUGGGGCAACGGAACCGUAGGGGCCUGCAGCUGGCUGACUUUAUGGAGAAAGAGGGACUCUUUAUGAUGAACUCUUUCUUCCAGAAGCGGCCCCACAGAAAGUGGACCUGGUCGAGCCCCGACAGAUCUACAAAAAAUGAGAUUGACUUCAUUAUGACGACCAGAAGCCAACUGUUCAGUAAUGUCUCAGUGACCGCAAGGGUGAAAACCGGCAGCGAUCACCGAAUGGUUUGA